UUUAAAUUUUAAAAUGUAUAACCUUGACAAUGGUUUGCAUAAUUAAAGGGGGACACAAUUUGAUUUGACCUACAGUCAUGCUGAAACUCAAAAAAAUUCAAAAGACCAAAAAGGUGUUUAACUGUAAUCAAGGACUGCAGCAGCUACUAAGUUUUGUCUGAGAAACUGACCUGAAUGACUCUGCAAAUCUCAAAUAGACAAGAAAACAAGAUUAGAAAUGGACUGGUUCCACUGUAACCAGUGCUUCACAAGGAGAGGGUCCAAGUUUGCUGUUUCCAGUUGUGGACACAUCUUAUGUCAAGCAUGCAUUAAACCCAAGCAGUGUCCGGCAUGUGGAGCCAGCUGCAGUUAUAUGGCCAUCUCUGAUGAUAUGCAGCCGCAGGGAAAAGUGUUUUUUAAGGACCCGGUAAACCUCAUUCAGUCGAAGCUAGCAAGCAUUUCACAGAUCGCAAGUUUCCAGAGAGCGCAGAUGGAAAGAGUCACAGCUCAUUUUAGGAAGAAGGCUUCCACGAUGGAGAGGCAUCUGAAGGAAGUCACAGACCAGGCUUACAGGCAUCUCUCGGAGCUGAAAAGGGAGAAUGCAGAUUUAAAAAAGCAGCUUUCAGAACUCAGUGGGGAGAAUGUAGAGCUAAAGAAGCAGCUGUCGGAGCUGAGGAGAGAAACCGAGGAACUAAAAAAGCCGCUUUCUCAGAGGAGAAUUUCUCCAAGACCUUUUCAAGUGGAUGGGGCUCAGAGGGUGUCACUCCCAGUGGCUGUUACCUCCCCAGUUACACCUCGCUCAAGAACUACAAGCCGUGUCAGCUCUGCUGAGUCCCUGCGUUGGACCCGAGACAGGGGUCCUAGCCUCUCUCUCACUACCCCUGGAUCAAUUGCCUCCAUUUCUAGUCACAGCUCUCUUCUCGAUCGGAGAACACCCCCUGUUUUCAGCACUCCAACAAGGAAUCAGUCUACUGUUUUCCAGUUCCCAUUUAUGAAUGGAUUGUCAAUAGAGUCACCUCGACAUUGAUUUAAUGUUCUAUGUUGUUCAGUGCUUUCUUGCGACAAAAAAAGUAAAGUUUCAUUCCUGCAAAUGUUCAACACUGCUGCUUAUUAAAUGUUCAACGUUAACUAGA